GAAACUGCGGCGAAGGAAGAUCUUUUUUCUGAGUCUCGCCGCUUGGCCUCGCCUUGUCGCUUGCGCCGUCUCAAAAGAACAGCUUCUUAGUCUCUGCCGGAAGGGCCGGUCGACACACCAGUGGGGUGUCCCCGUUCUCCUUUCGGGCGUGUUGGGCUCCAAAAGGGCUCAGCAAGAAGUCAGAGAAAAAGGCUUGGUUUCCUUACGAAAACCGUCCUCUCCGACUUCUUUUUCCUCGACUUCCGGCACCAGUUCGUCUCCGCUCCGCUGCGCGCAGCGCCCGGCGGCGGUCGACCCAGGAAAUUGUUCCAGAUCCCUUUCUCUCAGCCAACGCUGAAGCACUCAGUCCUCUCCGCUCUUCACUCCACGCGCUCGCAUAUAUAUAUAUAUAUCCCUAUAUCUAUAUAUUUAUGCAUAUAUAUAUAUACAUAUAUACGUAUGUAUAUUUAAUUUUAUGCAUCCUGCGUCUACGCCGUUACGUCCCCAAGUAUUCUGCGUGCUGGAUUUUACGUCCAACACGAUCUACACUUACGCAUAUACACGUAUGCAUACUUGCAGAGACGUGUAUGUAUACACAGGGUUUGUAUGUGAAUCUGCAUCUUCAAUGAUAUUGAGAGGCAUGCAGUUGCUUCAGUGUGUCUGUGUGUGUGUCUCGCAAGCGACUUGCCUGCGUUGUCUCCCUGUCAAUUUUUGCGAAGAGCUGGACGAAAACGCGUUCUCUGAAGCAUUCUCUUGACUCCUAUCCUGAUUUUUCGGAGGAACCUUGGACCCCCACUCUCUUUUUUUCAAGGUCGCUGGGUCCCCAAAUUCUCUCUCCGUCUUCAACAGAGUCGCCGCCUUCCACUUGCUGCACAGACAGCUCGUUUCAACGUUUCCUGCAGCCGUCUCCCUCUCCUUCACUGAGAGAAUGUCACAAGCUUCAGCCUCUCUGAGGCUGCUCUCUGCCUGGUCGCCUUCCUUUCUCUUCAGAGCGGAGGCGGACAGCGGUGUCCAGACACCGCAAGCCGCAGCGAGGCAGAAAGGGCAGGAGCAACAGAGGGGAGCAGCGACGAGACUCUGCGAGGGAGACACGCCGCGUCGAAGUGCUCUCGUUUCCUGCUUGCGAUCCCCGUCUGCAGGCGCUCUUUUACGGGGACUCAGAGAGGCCGAAAGACAGAGGGCAGUUGGAGACAGACUCAGGGCGAAAGAUGUCGGGGGCUGCUCGCAGCCGACGCGGGGUGUAUAUACUCCUUGGCUCGCGAGUGGUGAGAGAGAGGGAGAAACUCAAGUGAAAACUGCGAGAGGAAGUCGAUCCUCUACAGUCUGUCUCGGACUGAAGACCGAGAGGAAAAACCGACGUCUCUGGGCACACCGGCUCGUCAAGAACGGCCAGAGUCGCACGCGGUUCUCUGUGUCUCUAUGUGCGACUUCUUCUUGUCCUUCCUCUGCUUCUUCCUCUGGUCCUGCAUCAUCUUCGUCGUCUGCGUCUUCCUCUUCUUGGGGUGUCUCUUCUUAUCUUUGGGGAUGGGCUUCCUUUCCCUGGAACUGGGGGAGACAGAAAACCGGUGGAGACGCGGCGCUGGAGCAGGCGCUCUUCGCGGGUGUACAGACACCCGAAAGGCCGCGGAUUUCUUUGCAACUCACCAGAAGAAAGGAUCAGGAAGACCGAGGCGGAGACUUCCUGAAUGUGGCUGCCGUAGGCGAGCGCCCGCUAAGACUUGGAGAGACCGUCUGCGCGGAGAAGCCGCUUCUCAUCGGCUGUUCCGAGGGUGUGUCUGCUGCUGCGGUUUUCGAUCUGCCUGCGUUUUUCUCCAAGAGACGCGAGGACCCUGCACGGCCGACCGACGUCGGUUCCUGCGCCUCCGAUCUGCGUCGUCCCCUCUCUGCCUCGCCCUCUGGCAAGUCUCCCCGAAGGCAGGCGCAGAGCAGCUUCUUCGUGCCUCCUUUUAUGGACCUUCUCGCGGCUGCGCUCCUGGUCAGACACAAGGCAACGGCGUCGCCUUCCGCCUCCGCAGACCCUGCCGACUUGUGCUCCGCGCAAGCGACGCAGAAGGCGCUGCUGUCGCUCUUCUCCCUCGCUGCCUCUCGGGCGUCUCCGGAGACGCUUGGCGGUCCAGGGGAGGGGGCGGAGGCGGCGCCAGAGGGCAGAGAUACCCCACAGAGGCAGCUGGCGAAGGAGCUGCAUGCGGUGCUUCGCCCUGACUUCGAGGAAUCGGUAGAAGACCUCGAGACUCUCAUCUCGCUUCUGCACAUCGCCUCGCUGCCGCUGCCGAGCGACGACGCCGGCUCCCGCGAGGAAGGACUCGGCGACGAACGCCCAGUGGAUUCGCAGCGCCCGUUGGAGACAUCUGCGAAGUCGUCCAUGCGUGUCGGCUUCUUUCCUCUUCUCGUCGGUCUCUCUGAAGAGCCGUCGUGCCGUCCGAAUGUGGUGAUCUCCUUCACAGAAGAAGCAGGGAAGUCGGCUCGCAGCCAGGAUCCUCGUCCCAGUCUCUCUUACGUCUUCACCUCAGAUGCCUGCCCCAGUUCGGAGUGCCUUCCUCUCUCCGCUGCGUCUCUUUCUUCUGCUUCGAGUGCAGACGGAGGUGGAGACGAGACACGCAGAGAGACUGAGGGAGAGACUGAGGUUGCGCAGAAGGGGGUCCGACAUACUGUGGCGGUGCGUGUGUCUCCGAGCACCUCUCUCGAGUCUCUGUAUGUGCCGACGUUCAUGCGGGAGGCUCGUCGUCGCCGGCGGCAGUUCGGGACUGUGUCGCGCGCAUGCAGAUGCGAGAGGUGCACCGAGGCGCCGGAGCUGUGUCGAAGUUUCAACUGCGACUCUUGUGCGGCACUGAGCUCCUCCAACGCGCAGUCCGGUGUCUCCGGCAGACCCGAGGUGCCCCCAAUCGUCUGCCCCACAGGACCGUCCAAGUCGCGCGCUCUCGCAGACACUCCGAUGCGCUGUCUCCGUUGCGGUCGAGAGCCUUCUGUGGAGACAAAAGAAAAGUUCGAAGCAGCAGAAAAGAGCCUCUUCAUGUCCCUCAUGACGGCAGCGCAUGUCGGAACCGACGCCAGGCGUCGCCUUCCUUCGACGGCUUUCGACGCUCUCGCCGACGCGGCCGUCGGGUCCGACACAGAGAGUAGGGCAUUGAUUGCAGACACGCAUUUUCUUCGCGUUCGCCAGUUCACAGAAGGUCUCUAUCGCCUUCUUCAACAGAGAUCUGAGAGACAGGAAACCGGACCUCAACGGGGACUGCCUGUCCGGAGCGACAAGCCGGAGCUGCUGAGGAGGCGAUGUGACUCAGUCAUCGAAGCUACGCGUUCCGUCGUCGGUCCCCACCCAGAUGAGGCUCGACUGCUCGAAUGUCUUGCCCUGGUCACGGGAGAGGAAGAAGAUUUCCAGCGAGCCUAUCGCAGGCGCCAGGAGUUUUACAGAGGAGACAAAGCGGGGCAGUGCGGUCCGCCGUACAAAGUCUGGAAAGAAAGGCUGCUUGCCCGUCUAGCCUCAACGGCGACAGCUCAUGCGCCGCGUCGGGGAUCUGACUUUUAAUUGAGAGUGCGGACUUUCAUUCCGACGACCUACGGGUCUUGCAUGGAGGCGCGAACUGGCUGCUAAAAGCCGUUGACAGAUCACGAAUGUGCACCUGCGUUUCUUUGUUGAUACCCCUUUCGACCUGAAAUCGGCAAAACAGCGAGCUCACAACGGGCAGCAGAUCUCUCACUUUGAACCCUGGACCCCACUGAGGGAUCGCAGCGGCUUCUGCGAGGGGCUGACAAAAAGGAGUUCCCCGGAACCCAAGUGGGCGAACUUUGCGGCGAGAUGCCUGGUAGUCAAGCGGGACACAUCACCGUUGCUGGAAAGAGUUGCCAGACGCUCUCCAAUUUAGCGUCUAUCAUAUGUAACCGAGUAUGAACAUAGGUAGCAUGCACAUAACUAAUCCCUGGACGGUUAAUCACGCUCUAGCGGACAGCCUGAGACGUAGGAUUAUCGAUCGUGAUUCUCAACCGCGAUACUGUGUUUCUGAUGGUCUUGGACCCGGCCGGAGGCAACGAGCACAGAUACGACAACACAAGCUUACUCUCCCAAACAAAUCUUGCACGGCUACUUCCCCAGUCGAGGACAAGCGGAGGCAGAGGGAGCAGCGUGUAUAUUACUCGUGGAGAGUUCCCUUUGUUUGACUCGCUCCCCUGUAGCUGAGAUAUUAGACAGGAGCAACAACCAAUUGGGUAUUUCUGUUACAUUCGGAACGCGAAUCGCUGCAGAUUUGUGUCUGUCAACACGCAAACGAUCAUCUGAGAGCAACGCGAAACAGACCACCCGAUCAUGCAGUCCAGGAAAGUUAGAGUCGGGAGUCCGAGCCGUGGAGACCGGCUUUCGUUACAAUUGCGAUUGCGAACUCGAGGCAAUCCGUUCCUAGUAACGGUCACGGCGGCUCCGUCUAGAUGCCUCUGGUUUCAAGGCAUCGUCAGCGAGUCUCCCGCAUCUCCGUGCCCGUGAGCAUGUGGCGCAAAAACACACAUGUUGGGUUAGGCAUGCACGCGUUUUCCUUCCUGCAGUUCCCUGAAUCCGGCGUCAGGAGUCCAAAACCAGCGGAUGGGAAGGAGUACUCUUCGGAUGCCCCGAGCUUCCAGUUUUGCUGGGUGUCGACAUGACAACUCCGUACCUGUGUGGAGGAUAGGCGCAGCCGCCAAAAGAGCUGACCUACAUUCUCACGCCCGGCGUGGAAAGGCAUGCGAGCGACGUAGGAAAUGGGAAUCCAACACUUGCACCUGUCUUGCGCAACUCAGUAGGGUACAAUAGCGCUGGACGUAGUAGGGAAUACCGCAGGCGUGCUGUGGCCACCGGCGGACGCAUGUUCUGAUCGACAUCCUCACCGCCCCUCGUCAGCCGCCAUCUCAGAUUCUACGGCGUCAAAGCACCUGUGCUCGAAAGUUAAACGAGGCAGUAUGGCUCAACUACAGCUCGUUACCGCCGGUGAGCGAGUCUGGCACACGUAACGUAGUUUGCUGACUUGCAGUUUGUUCUACUCGGGAAAUUCGCACGCAGUGUCAAUUCCGCUUCUACACUUGACUGGCGUCUUCCCUGUUCGGCGGGGCUGCUGUAGAAACUGAAGAAACUAUGAGACACAAGUCCCUGUUGUGCCGCGGACUGUGCAUCGACAGGGAGGGCGGAAACGUAUCACGGGCAUUUGGCGUCCAUCAUCAACCUAUGAGGGUAGGAGGCAGCUUUCAGCGCGGUAUCUAUACUUGCAGGUCUACUAGAACUA